GCGGCUGGGGUCCCGGGGCGGCCGAGCGCGGAAGACGAACUGGAAGGCGGGUAGGGGGCGCGGGAGCCGGCGAAGCAAAGCGGGCAUCGGACCGACCCCCCCAACAGGCCCCGCCCCGGCCCCGGUCCGGCCGAUGGACCCCCCUGCGGCCAAGCGGAGCCGGGGCUGCCCGGUGGGACCGGAGGAGCGCGAUGCCGGGGCCGGGGCCGUGCGCGGCCGGGGCCGGCCCGAGGCGCUGCUGGACCUCAGCGCCAAGCGAGUAGCCGAGAGCUGGGCCUUCGAGCAGGUUGAGGAGCGGUUCUCCCGGGUGCCAGAGCCGGUCCAGAAGCGCAUUGUGUUCUGGUCAUUCCCACGCAGCGAACGGGAGAUAUGUAUGUACUCGUCGCUGGGCUACCAGCCCCCAGAGGGCGAGCAUGAUGCCCGUGUGCCCUUCACCCGCGGGCUGCACCUGCUGCAGAGUGGGGCCGUAGACCGAGUGCUGCAAGUGGGGUUCCACCUGAGCGGCAACAUCCGCGAGCCGGGGGGUCCCGGAGAGCCCGAGCGCCUCUACCACGUCUCCAUCAGCUUUGACCGCUGCAAGAUCACGUCUGUGAGCUGCGGCUGUGACAACCGGGACCUCUUCUACUGCGCCCACGUGGUGGCCCUGUCGCUCUACCGAAUCCGGCACGCCCGCCAGGUGGAGCUGCGGCUGCCCAUCUCCGAGACGCUGUCCCAGAUGAACCGAGACCAGCUGCAAAAGUUCGUGCAGUACCUCAUCAGCGCCCACCACACGGAGGUGCUGCCCACCGCCCAGCGCCUGGCUGAUGAGAUCCUCCUGCUGGGCUCCGAGAUCAACCUGGUGCACGGUGCCCCAGACCCCACGGCGGGCGCAGGCAUCGAGGAUGCCAACUGCUGGCACCUGGACGAGGAGCAGAUCCAGGAGCAGGUGAAGCAGCUGCUGUCCAAUGGCGGCUACUACGGCGCCAGCCAGCAGCUGCGCUCCAUGUUCUGCAAGGUGCGGGAGAUGCUGCGCAUGCGGGACUCCAACGGGGCGCGCAUGCUGAUCCUCAUGACCGAGCAGUUCCUGCAAGACCCGCGCCUGGCCCUGUGGCGGCAGCAGGGCGCGGGCAUGACCGACAAGUGCCGGCAGCUUUGGGAUGAGCUGGGGGCCCUGUGGGUGUGUGUCGUCCUGAGCCCCCACUGCAAACCAGAGGAGCGGGGGAGCUGGCUGCAGCUGCUUGGCAAGUGGGACAAGCUGGAUGUGUGCCCGCUGGAGGAGGGCAACUACUCUUUUGACGAGCCCAGCCUGCAGCCCACCACGACCCUCAGCCAAGGCCCAGAGGAGGAGGAAGAGGACGUGGUGGCUUCAGGUUCCCGCCACACGGUCUUCGGCCGUGCCCUGCAGGCCGGGUCGCUGCACUGGAGCGACCCCCACCUGCAGAGGAUCCUGGCCAGCGACUCCUAUGGCCCCAGCCUCACAGGCACCCUGGGCAGUGAAAAGCCCACCUUUGACCCCCAGGGCCGUCCGCUGUGGCUGGGCGAGCCCUUCCCCACCGCCUGUGCCCGUGUGGACACCCUGCGUGCCCACGGAUACCCCCGUCAGGCCCUGAGGCUGGCAGGGGCCAUAGUCAACACACUCCGGCUGCAGCGGCGGCAUCAGCUGGAAAGCUACAAGCAGCAGAAAAAAGAGCUGCUCCAGAAAGGUGACACCUGCAUCACCAACACCGAAGGAUGGGUGGGCCACCCCCUGGACCCCAUCGGCUGCCUCUGCAGGGCGCUCCUGGAGGCCUGUCGCCUGGAGGAGGAGACCCUUGCCCUUUACCCAGACUCGGGCCCCGAGAAGCGGAAGGUGGCCUACCAGCACGUGCCGGUGCCCGGGAGCCCUGGCGAGUCCUACCUGGCGCUGGCCCUCGAGGUGGCAGUGCUGGGCCUGGGGCAGCAGCGGGCCCUGCCCGAGGGGCUGUACGCCCAGGACAAGGUGGUGCGCAGCGAGGAGCAGCUGCUGGCGCUGCUGGAGGAGCUGGAGCUGGACGAGCGGCUGGUGCACGUGCUGCGCCGACAGGCGGGGCUGCUGCUGGAAGCGGGUCCCUUCAGCGGCUUCGGAGAGGUGCUCUUCCGGGAGAGCGUGCCCAUGCACACCUGUGCCCGCUACCUGUUCACCGCGCUGCUGCCCCACGACCCCGACCUGGCCUACCGCCUGGCACUGCGAGCCAUGAGGCUGCCUGUACUGGAGACUGCGUUUCCCGCCGGAGAGCCUCACCCCAGCCCGCUGGGCUCCAUCACGAGCAGCCGCUUCCCCCGCUGGUUCAUCCUUGGCCACCUGGAGACCCGCCAGUGCGAGCUGGCCUCUGCCAUGCUCACCGCCGCCAAGGGAGACCCCAAGUGGCUGCAUGCGGUACUGGGAUCCAUCCAGCAGAACAUCCACUCGCCCGCCCUGCUCUUCAAGCUGGCCCAGGACGCCUGCAAAACAGCCACCCCUGCCAGCGCGCCUCCCGACACCACGCUGCUGGGCAUCGCGCUGGAACUGGGCCUGCAGGUGAUGCGCAUGACCCUGAACACCAUGACCUGGAGGCGGAGGGAGAUGGUGCGUUGGCUGGUCAGCUGUGCCACAGAGAUUGGCCCCCAAGCCCUGAUGAACGUCAUGCAGAACUGGUACUCCUUGUUCACGCCCGUGGAGGCCGCCACCAUCGUGGCGGUGACCGGCACCACGCACGCCACGCUGUCGCGGCUGCAGCUGGAUGCGCCGCGGCGCGAGGAGCUCUGGGCCUGCGCGCGCACCCUGGCCCUGCAGUGCGCCAUGAAGGACCCGCAGAACUGCUCCCUGCCCGCCCUCACGCUGUGCGAGAAGAACCACGCGGCCUUCGAGGCGGCCUAUCAGAUCGUGCUGGACGCGGCGGCCGGCGGCCUGGGCCACGCCCACCUCUUCACGGUGGCCCGCUACAUGGAGCACCGCGGCCUCCCCCUGCGCGCCUACAAGCUGGCCACGCUGGCCCUGGCGCAGCUCAGCAUCGCCUUCAACCAGGACAGCCACCCCGCCGUCAACGACGUGCUCUGGGCCUGCUCGCUCAGCCACUCGCUGGGCCGCCACGAGCUCUCUGCCAUCGUGCCUCUCAUCAUCCGCAGCAUCCACUGCGCCCCCAUGCUCUCCGACAUCCUGCGCCGCUGGACCCUCUCGGCCCCCGGCCUGGGGCCCCUGGGGGCCCGCCGGGCCGCCAAGCCUCUGGGCGCUGACCGGGCACCGCUCUGCCAGCUCCUGGACGCCGCGGUGGCCGCCUACAUCGCCACCAGCCACUCCCGCCUCACGCACAUCAGCCCGCGGCACUACGGGGACUUCAUCGAGUUCCUGGGCCAGGCUCGCGAGACCUUCCUGCUGGCGCCCGACGGGCACCUGCAGUUCGCCCAGUUCUUGGAGAACCUCAAACAGACCUACAAGGGCAAGAAGAAGCUGAUGCUGUUGGAGUGUGCAAGCGAGUGUGCGAGACGCAAGGAUCAGAAGCCAUACCGCGCCACCCAGAGGCCUGGAAGGGGGUGUGUGCUCGGGCAGCUGGUAUGACCCCGCCUUGGGCGCCCCAAAAGCAAUAGGCCAGCUGUCCCUCCCCAAACGGGCAGGCCUGGCUUGGACUUGGGGGGAGAGGGGGAACUUCGAGGCAGGAUGUUCCAGAAACUGGCUCUUAAAAGUCAAUGUAGCAGCCCCCCCCCCCCCCCCCCCGCGCGCGCCCCACCCAGGGUGGCCGCGGGACUUAUUAGGGCAUCUGAAUCUCCCUUUGUACCCUCUCCUCACUGCCUCAGGGGCCCUGUCCCGCGGCCCAGCGCCCCCUGCAGGCGGCCCAGCUGGGACGAAUGGCUCAUCGCCACAGAAGGAUUUGAAGAGGCCUCAGG